AUGACAUUUUUAGCUAUGCUUCUUGUUGGUCUCUUAUUGUUUCCCCGUCCAGCCAUUGCUCAAUCUUACCGAAAUGCUAGUUUGGGUUCUCUCACUACAAGUGAUACUACUAGCUUUUGGCCAUCUCCAUCAGAUGAAUUCGGUUUCAGCUUCCAAAAAAUUAGAAAUGAAUCAAGGUACUUACUAGCCAUAUGGUUCGAGAAAAUCACAGACAUAACCAUAGUUUGGUCAGCCAAUAAGAAUAAUCUUGCGUUAGAUGGAUCCAAAGUUCACCACUCCGCGGAUGGAAGACUAGUCCUCACUGAUCCAAAUGGUCAAGAGAUCGGAAACUUUAUGCUAGCAACUACUAGUUCAGACACUCUAUGGCAGAGUUUCAAUGAGCCCACAGAUACGAUUUUGCCUGGUCAAGUACUUAAUCAAGGAAACAACCCUGUUUCAAGUUUUUCUGACACGAAUAUAUCGAGUGGGAGGUUUGAGUUUAUACUUCAAACUGAUGGGUAUCUGGUGCUUUGCACAAUUGAUUAUCCAGCUGAGGCAAUAAAUUUUGCAUAUUGGUCACCUAUGUCAAUUGGCAGUGGUUAUCAAGUGAUCUUCAAUCAAUCAGGCUUUCUUAUUCUUCAAGCGAAGAAUGGAACUUUGAUAAAUUCAAUUUUUUCUAAUGUGGAAAAUUCAAGAAGCCAAUCAAUGUAUCAUCGAGCGAUUCUUGAAUAUGAUGGAGUUUUUAGGCACUAUGUCUAUUCGAAAUCUUCUGGAGGGGGUGCCUAUGGUUUCAACAGCUUAUGCUCAAUAGGAACUGAUCAGAGGCUGAGAUGUGAUUGUCCACUCAGAUAUAUCUUGGAUGAUCGAAAUGACAAAUUAGGCAGCUGA